AAUUGUCAAUUUAUUCAGCACGCUUCGCGCAGAAAUUAAUUUUAUAGCAUGAAUUUGUAAAGGAUACUCGAAUAAACCAAGUAGAGUAAAAGAGAUAGAGAAAAAAUAUGUUAAAAACAUCGAACUCUAUGUAUUGAAUGAAUUUAAAAGAAAAAUGAUUUGAUGUUGUUUGGGCGUAUGUAGAUUUAAUUAGAUUUUGUCUAUAUUAGCAGUGUCUAUUCUAAGAGUAAAUAAUAAAAUAGUUUAAAAAGUGUAUUAACGAUCACUUAAUUGAUUACAAUGUCGUCGAGUCGUUCAAAAUCAUCAAUAUUAGAUAAACCACUAAGCAAAGGAAAGGGGGAAGUUUCGUUGGCAUUAUAUGCACUUUUAUUCUCAGAAAUAGUACAAUAUUGCCAAAAUCGAUCACAUUCAAUACAAGAGCUGCAGAACAAGCUGUCGGAAAUCGGUCAAGAUGUUGGAACCAGGUUAUUGGAUUUGUAUUUUGUUAGAGAAAGAAACAGUAAACGUGAAAUUAAAUUACUGAACAUGUUACUCUUUGUUAAGUCAACUCUGUGGAAGGUGUUGUUCGGCAAGGAAGCUGAUAAGCUUGAACAUGCAAACGAUGAUGAGAAAACUUAUUACAUCAUUGAGAAGGAUGCUUUGAUAAACAAAUUCAUAAGUGUACCAAAAGACAAGGGCUCUCUAAACUGUGCCACAUUCAAUGCUGGCAUUAUUGAAGCUGUUCUGACCAAGGGAGGUUUUCCUGCAAAAGUGACAGCUCACUGGCAUAAGGGAACCACAUACAUGGUGAAAUUUGACGAUUCAGUCAUUACUCGUGAUAAAUCAUUAGAUGAUCGUUAAAUUACAUGAAAAUAAAUUCUUAGCAGGAUAUUAAAUUGAUUAUUUGUUGUAUAAGAGAAUACGGAAGCUUUGUAAAUUUCACUAAGUAAUAAAUUUUUAUUUAAAUAUCA